AAAGCAGUACCUAACCUUUUUGUUAAAUCGCUCCUCACUUGGAUGCAUGGUGCUGCAGCAUUAUUUGUUUUGCGUGCUGACUACCAGGGGCAGACUGACAACUCGUGGGGCCCCCGGCCAAUUGGGGAUCAUAGGGCCCCUGUGUCUUUGCCCACACUCACAACACACCCAAAAAAGCCUAUAAAAGGUACCAGAGGCAUUUUAUGGGGCCCCCUACUGACCCCGGGCCCUCUGGCAGUGCCCGAGUGCUCGAAUGGUCAGUCCACCCCUGCUGACUACACAUCU